AUGCCCGCUAUUUGCCCCACCCUACUGAGCACAGGCAGUUGUAAUGACGAAGCCUGCAGCCACCGACACGACGUUAUUCGAUGCGAGCCCUGCAGCUGGGUCUUCGCCACGCGUAAUGCCUACAACUCUCACAUUGCAGGAAAAAAACACCAGAGAACUGUGCAGGGAAAGACGGGUCAGGCACUGUAUUGUCCCAUCUGUGAUCGCACGAUGGUUGGGAUGAGCUCAAAUAAUUGGAGCGCUCACAAAAGGAGUUUCCAUCACGCUCAGGCUGCCGCCGCAAAGGGUAUCUCACCCAAUAUCACCCCAGAAGCGGCCCAGGAGGUUCCCAACCACAGCCAUUGCACGAGUUGCGACAUUCAUGUCCUCAAUUAUGAUUGGGUUGCACACUGCGCGACCGCCAAACACAGACGGCGCGAACAGUACGCGGUCUUUCAGGCAGCGUUGGAUGAAGCGGAGAAGGACAGACACGGAAUUUCCAUUUCCGGCAGUUUUGACUUCGGUCUCAUUGCCCUUGCUACUGCUCAGUCAGGGCUUGUGGUUGAAGGAACUGUCAGUAAUGCGACUCCUGGCUCGAAGGUAUCGUUGAUCAGCAUGUCGCUUGCUAGCGACAAGAAUACCAGAGCUCGAUCUCCCUUUACCGUCGUCUGCAAACGUUACGGGCCGGUGCUAUACAACAGCGCCAACACCGCCUUUUCUGUUACCUUUUGUCAGCAAUUUGCGAGUCGUGCAGAAGAUCGUCUCGAAAUUCUCUUGGAGGACACGCAGCUUAAAAAAAGCUUCAUUAUUAUUCGCGUUCUUCGUGGGCAUGUGGGCAAUCAGGCAGACCAUGACGUGCUGAAGCCGACCGCUCCCUAUGUACCGCGCCAGCGAGUAGCCCGGGCUCCUGAAACAUCUGUUGUCGAGGGUAUCUUCCCCAAGUCACGCAAAGCCAUACCCUAUGUUGGUUUGUUGCCUGAGGCUACUAUUCCCGCCAACCUUGCUUCUAUCCUGUUGGGAAAAAAUGUCAAGGACGUAAUUGAAACCAUACACAAGUUGUACUUGCCGGUUGUCUUUGACAGCAACGGUUACGGACGCCACUUCAAGCUGUUACUUUGGGUGGAGGAACACCGCAUGGAGAAUGACCUUAGCACGUAUGAUAUCUCGGACACAGAGCUCUCUCGUUACGAAUCAUACCACUAUCUUGAUGUCCCGGGUCUUGCCGAAAAGCGACCAAGUGUACUGGUCGGUGAUCGCAUUCUUGUUCAGAGGAAAGACACUCCUGAUCCUGGUCGGUGGUUCGAGGGCGGGGUCCAUGUCGUCCGCCAGCAAGAAGUCGGACUCCGCUUUCACGGGUCGUUCAAAAAUGCGUCCUCUACCGACCGAUAUUCUGUGCGGUUCAAGCUGAACCGAUACCCGCUCCGGCGUCAACAUUUGGCGCUGGAUUCUGCCUUUUCCGAAGAUAGAGUUUUGUUCCCGGAUGCAGGACACCAUCUCUCAAUGGCUUACCCCACAAUUGCGAGUGCCAAUAUCAAAGUCUUCAAUCCUCUGAUCGCCGCAAAUGCACCCCAGCUUCAAGCUGUGGUGUCCAUUACCAAGAGGCCUGUGGGUUCUGUCCCAUUUAUUAUAUUUGGGCCUCCUGGAACCGGUAAAACCGUGACGAUGGUUGAGGCCAUACUUCAAGUUCUGGCUGCAAAUCCAAACGCUCGGAUCAUUGCGUGUGCGCCAAGCAACUCUGCGGCCGAUCUUAUUGCGACACGGCUCAUGUCGCUCGGCACGGAUGCAUUGUUCCGUUUCUAUGCGCCGUCGCGGCAUAAGGAACAGGUGGACCUUAAGUUGCGGGAUUUCACGCAUACCACGGCGGAUGGGCAUUUCUCUGUCCCGCCACUGGCUCGGAUGAAACGGUUCCGAGCCAUCGUCACGACCUGUGUGUCGGCUUCUGUCAUUUCUGGGAUUGGUAUCCCCAGAGGUCAUUACAGCCACAUUUUUGUUGACGAGGCGGGACAAGCGACCGAGCCAGAGGCAAUGAUUGCGAUCCAAACGAUGGCGGAUACCCGGACUAACAUCAUUCUCUCUGGGGACCCAAAACAACUGGGACCAAUUAUUCGUUCAAACAUUGCCCGCAACCUGGGGCUUGAAAUCAGCUACAUUGAGCGACUGAUGCAACGGGAUCUGUACGACGAACAAGAGGGUUAUGGUCAAUGCGUUGUCAAACUGACGAAAAAUUUCCGUUCGCACAACGCCAUCCUCAAGUUCCCCAAUGAACAGUUCUACAAGGGCGAGCUUCAACCUCACGGCGAUCGCCAGGUUGUCGACCUCUAUCUAAAUUCAUCUCUUCUGCCCAAGAGAGGGUUUCCGAUAAUAUUCCAUUCCUUGGCUGGCAAGGACGACAGAGAAGCGUCGUCGCCAAGUUUUUUCAACAUUGACGAGGCGUCCCAGGUCAAGAAAUAUGUUGAAAUACUCCGGGGGAUGGAUCGUCAGGUCAGAACGGGCAUCCACAUCACGGAUGGGGACAUUGGUGUUAUCGCGCCGUACCAUGCACAAUGUGUCAAAAUCCGCAAACUCCUCAAGCCCAUUGCAGAAGGCGUCAAGGUCGGCAGUGUCGAAGAAUUCCAGGGCCAAGAAAGAAAGGUCAUUAUCAUCUCGACUGUGCGCAGCAGUCGUGAGUUUGUGACCUACGAUCUGCGGCACACGCUUGGGUUCGUGGCAAACCCACGUCGGUUCAAUGUCGCGAUAACCCGUGCGCAAUCGCUGCUGAUCGUUGUCGGCGACCCAAAUGUUCUCGGGCUUGACCCGCUCUGGCGGGCGUUCCUUAAUUACGCGUGUACGAACGGCGGUUGGACUGGGCCAGACAUUCCAUGGGACCCAAGCGAGCCCGUCAGCGAGUCGGAAGGCAACGGGUAUGCGGAACAAACACGCGGCGAGGCGCUAUUCGAUAUGAAUGAAUUUACCCGGCGCAUGGAAGAACUAACAGUGUCUGGUGCUGAAGGAGAGGACGAUGCAAACGUUGACCGGCCUUGGCGUGAGGCGGAGUAG